AUGGGUCACGAAUUUGUGGCCACUGUCGUCGAGAAGGGUGACGCAAUUGACGACUCGGCCUUCGCUGUUGGAGACGAUGUCAUCUCUUGCUUCACAAUUCAGUGUGGGGAAUGCUGGUACUGUCAGAAUGGGUACUCGGGAACCUGUGACAAGACAAACACAUUUGGAAAGAUUGGAUUGGAAGGCGGCCAAGCCGAGUAUGUUCUCGUUCCAUACGCAAAGUCCACUUUGCACAAGAAACCCCAGAGCUCGGACGACGACUCUGUCUACGUACUCAUGGCAGACAUCUUUGUGACGGGCUACUUUGGCAUCAAAAAAGUUAUGGAUCAUCUUUCCAGCUUCAAGACUAAGGAUAUCACGAUUCUCCAAAUUGGGGCAGGACCAGUCGGUCUUUGUUCAGUCAGAAUAUUGAAGCAUUUUGGCUUCAAGUAUGUCGUGGUAGUAGAUGGCAUUCCUGAACGUUUGGAGCAUGCCAAAAAGCUCGGGGCACAUGACACCGUCAACUUCAAGACCGAAACAGACAAAUUACAAAAACUUAUCGAGACAGGCACCGGUGGCUUGGGAUUCGAUGCGAUCUUGGAGAUUGUGGGUGCACAACUGUCCAUGAGGACUGCGUUUGACAGUGUAAGAAGGGUGGCUUUAUCAGUUCAGUUGGAAUGGGUCACGAGCCACUUCCAUUUAAUGGUUUGGAGGCUUACGCGAAGUGUGUUACUGUCAGCUUUGGCAGAUGCAAUGGCUGGUCAUUGUUUGGAGAUGCUUUAG